AUGCCGGCCAGGAGGAACAGCAACCCAUACUCUUCGACGGGAAAACCCGUCUACGAGGCUCUGUCUGAUGUGCAGGAGGACCUUAGGCUGAUCCUGUACGACGUCCGAGGGAACACUCACGGCAUCGCCGUGGAUAAUCCUCGACUACAGGAAGCUCUUCGUAAGGCGUCGAAGCUGCAUGAUCCCAUCCUCAGCAAUCCGCUGCCGUCACCGUCGCAGGAUUUUUUGCUCCCAGGAACUAACGGAUUCCAUGUCAAUGCGAAUUCCUUUCCGAUACGUUUGGCGCAAACGAAAAAGGAACUACUAGACAAGGAACUUAGCAAAGGCUACUUCACGGCAGCUCUUCUUCGCGGGGUACAGCCCGUAGGUGGGUUAGGCGCCGGGACGCCCUUCAUCACCGCGGGUGACGGCAACUGCCUGUUAAACACCGUGGCCCAGCUAUUCGCGAAAAAAACCCGCGGGAUGAGGAACGAGAUUAAAUCCUUGGCGGUGAAGCUACGACUGAGCGUGACCCUCGAGCAGAUGCGGCACAUGGAGGCAUACCUCUCUUGUCAAGAGGAUUUCUUCAUGUGUUGGUCCAACUACGGGGAUGAAGUGCGAGAAGGACUGCCUAAGCUGGGGUGGACCAUCGAAGCAGACGCGCACAACAAGCAUCGAGUGGGGUCUCGUAAUUGUGCCCGGCUGAUGUUCGUUACGCAGCUCAAGCACUUGCCGGGAUAUUGUAACUGGCUGCAGCAGUUCGCCUUCCCGUUGCUGGCGACUGUCAUCCAGGCGCCCUUCCGAGGAUUCGUUCCGUCGACCACGACAAGCACAAGCCUGGCGAAACGGGUGGAAGCCAACAAAGUGAGGGUGGUGGAGAUGGCACUGGACAUGGACAAGACACCAUGGACCACGAGAAGGGCAGGAACGGUGGAACAUGCGGCCCAGAGGAGCCGCGUGGAGGAACCGGCAAGGGUGUCGACGACGUGUCCGAGGGGGGCAAACGGCAGGCGACCAAGGACGGGCUUUCAACGGGUGCGCCGGCAGGGGACUGCGGCGGGGCAACGGAUAUGGAAAUCCGUCAACUAUGAAGGAAAUCUCAUGGGUUUCAGCGACUCGCACUCGCUCGAGAGGGGAGGAACGGGAUUCUUCGAGAUUGGCGUGGGUACUCGCCUUCACACAGGAGCAUGGGCACCUAGCCCGGCAUGGGGGACAGUCAUGAGGGUCAAUGCAGACGAAGAAGAAAAUAUCGUAUCGUAUGACGUCCUCAUGGACACGGAGUGUAGGGUGUCAACAGUGUCCGCUCGCAAUGUGGAGAUUGACGUGAAGCAUGCGAGGGAGGUAGACAAGAGCAGUGCGGGUGCUCCCAGGAAGUCGGGAGGGCGGGGAAGGGUCAACAAGAAAGGCAGGUCGGGAAUGGAUGAGGGGUCGGAGCCCGGGGAGGGCAGUAUGGGCAGGAAGUUAGAUGGGCAGAAAAGGUCGGGCGUGAAAAGGAAACAGCGAAGGGGAGCAGCAGGAAGGGCGGGCGCUUUACCGACGAUGAGGAUCCGGACGGGAAAUCGAGCGGAGGUCAACGAGGCAACGACAAAAAGGGAGGGCAGGAAGUCAGAUGGGCAGAAAGGUCGGGGGGUGAAAAGGAAACAGCGAAGGGGAGCAGCAGGAAGGGCGGGCGCUUUACCGACGAUGAGGAUCCGGACGGGAAAUCGAGCGGAGGUCAACGAGGCAACGACAAAAAGAGGAAGAAGGUGGGCGACCCUGAUGAAGACGAGGAUUCCGACGAUCUUGCCUCCGGGUUAUGAAGACGACCGCGAUGACGAAGCCGACACCAAUGAUGAAGACGACCAACAAGGCGGGAUCAAGAAGGUGAUCAAGAAGGAGCAGGAAUGUGCCAGCAGUAAGAGCAAGGGCAAAGGGGCGGAUAGUGAAACGGACGAAGACACGGACGAGGAAACUGGGCUGUGGGGGGACGUAGAUAGCGCAGGAAUUGCGCACCUUGGCCGCGCAUUCGACGUGAAGGAGUCAGCCUACGACACGUGGGAGGCCGCAUUCGCCACGGUCAUCGGGGAGCUCGAAGAAGAAGGGCAUCUAACCCUUCAAAAGAAGAGGGGCAAGUUGAUCAAGUGCCCUUUCAAGAUCCACAUGACGUGGCGGGUUGGGGCGACGAAUCCCACCAUAACGUCGGUGAGGNAG